CAGAUAGUCAAAUCAGUAGUUUAGCAAUAAAUGUGUUCAAAAUUAGAAACUACAAUCUUUCAAAGAAUAUUUAACAUAAGCAUAAGUUCCUAAUGAAUAUGCAUAAGUACAACUAAUGAUAAAGAAUAUGUUUUUUGUCUUUCAACUUGUGGAAGAAACCAUUUCCUUUUUUCCCGUUAUUUUGUUUUUAAAAAUAUGGAUUUUAUAUUGAAUAAUAUACUAUAAGAGUAAACCCGUUUUUGUAUCACAUAAAAACCAAUAUUCUCUCGGCAUAAUGUCACGCAUACUAUUAAGUACGUUGCUGCGUCAUCUCAAGAGUUAUGGUCUCAACCCUUAUUCAAAUCGUGCUCAUCACUAUAUUCAAAUGAAUUAUGCAUAUAACUUACGUUCCAAAAAUGUAUUGGACAUGCAAAAUAAAUUAAUAUCACCUUUUCACAAUUCUUUAAGAAGGAAUUAUGCCGCAAAUUUAGAUAAAAAAGAGGAUUUGAAAAGUUUUGACGAUUAUUUUAAAGAUUUAAGUUCUUACUAUUUAACUCAAGGUUACGUUAAUUAUGAAUUAUUAGGGAAAGUAAUAAACUCCCUGAAUUCAACCAGAUUGUCGGAGGAGCAAAGUAAUUUCCUAUUGGAGUCUAUAAAUGGGUUGUAUACGAUUUCACCAGAACAGCGUAUGAAAAGUUUUAGACAACUUUGGGAAUAUUUUAAGACCAAUAAUUAUUUAAAUCAAGAGAAAAUUCUGAUAGCAUUAAAAGUUUUCCAAAAUAACAAGAUAGAUCUACAUGAGGCAAAAAUUUAUUUAAACGAUUUUAAAGAUUUAAAAAAAGACUUAGGUAUAUAUGAAGAAUUGGUUCAUUUAGCAUGUGAAAGCGGUGAUAUAGAAAAAGCCGCAGCAGAAGUCUUGGCAGAAAUGCGAGAAAACAAUUUACCAUUAACGCAUAAAAUUUUUAAUUCAUUAAUAGCGGGUCACGCGAAAAAUGGGAACAUAACUGGCUGUGAAAGCGUACUUGAUACAAUGAAUGCAGCCAAUUUAGAACCAUCUAAGGAUACAUUUUUUGAAUUAUUAAUUGCUUAUAUAAAUAACAAGUUAGAGAAAAAGGCAGAAUCACUAUUGGAUAAGAUAUUGCAUGUUUUGACUACAGAUCAAAUUUUGAUGCUUGUUAAAAGUGCAGCUUCUACAAGUUCUCCAGAACUUGCUAGAUUAAUUAAAAAACUACUGGAAGAUGCAGGAAAUAUAACAGAUUUACCAAUGAAUUUGAGAAGUGUGUGCGUAGAAUUUAUUUAUGCUGACAAAGUUGAUUCUGCUUUCCUUAUUUUGGAUAGUUUCCCCAAUCCAAAUAAUGAAAAUAGUGAUACUGAUAAAUUUGGUCAAUUUUUUGUUUUUGAAUUGCUUAAAAGUGGCCAGUAUUCUGACGAAAAGUGUAUAGAAAUUUGUCGAAAACUUAUUGAAAGUGGUAAAAAUGAAAGAGCCUUGCAUAUAGCAUGCGAAGUAGUUUUAAGAAGAAAUUGUCAGAAAGCUGAAACCUAUCUAAAAGCGUUAUCGAAUGUCGAAAAAUUGCGUCCACAUUACUUUUGGCCUUUGCUAAACCACAAUUUCAAAAAACGGGGGGAGAUGGGAGUUUUUGAAACCUUAAAAUUAAUGUCAACCUUGUUGGUUCAGGCAGAUUACGAUACAUUGCGACAUCACUGUUUUCCUAGGCUUUCAAUAAUUUUCAAAAAUAUUGACGAAGCUGCGAAAUUUUUAGAACAAACUGGUUUAAAAUCAUCAAUUUUUUUACCUCCUCUAUGUUCUUAUUUAAUUAUUCAACAAAAACCGAAUGACGUAAUCAAAUUAAUUAAUUUAUAUCCAUCGAAAAUAGAUACUACGGAAUUAAUUCAACCUUUAGUUGAUUUAGGUAUAAAUAUGAAAAUUAAUAAACGAUAUGUAGAAUAUAGUAAAAUCAUAAAAAAUUUAAUUACGAAGUCAGAAAAUAAAAAUACUGAUUUAGCUGGACAAGUGUUAACAGAAAUGUGGUUCAACUCUAGAUUUCGAAAAAACACAACCGGCUUUUUUGACAUUGUGAAGCAAUUUGAAGUCCAGGACGUUAAGAUAUCUAAAGCAGCUUUUGAUCUCUUACAUUCACAAAUAAUGAAAUCAGAGGAAGUCGAAAAAUCAGAAAAUAUUAUCAAAAAACUGAAACAAAUGUCUGAGAACCAACUUAGUCUAAAUUUUACUGAACCAUCUGACUCUAUAACGAAUCAUCCCAGAGAUAUGAGUCUGGAACAGUUAGAGUGUCAUUUAGUUGAGCUAGAGCAAAAAAAAUUGAAUACAAGAGGCGUUUUAAGGAGACUGUUACAAGUCUAUGUGCGAGAAAACCAGCUUGAAAAAGCGUUAGAAAUAAAAGCUAAAUGUGAAAACUUAAAUGUCCACAACAGUCCAGGAAUGUUAGCUAGUAUUUUUGAUUUGAACAUUAAACUGAAAAAUUUGUCUGGCGCUAAAAACUGCCUUCAAAAUAUUAGGAAAAAGUAUCCAGGAUUCCUAGUGGAUGAACAUAAAAUAAUUGAUUUGGCAGCGUUAAUGGUCGAAAAAGAUAAGCUUGAUGAAGCUGAAAAUUUGAUAAUAGAAAGGGCUUCAACUACCAAAGUUGUUGGGGGCGAAUAUGUUCAUAAAAACCUUUGGAAUUUGUUAACACAAGUAGCUUAUUAUUCUUCUCGCCAUCAUUCUGAUGAGAACAAAAAUUUAACCAAAGAUUUUUUUUUACUUUUAAAAAAAAAUAAAUUUUGUCAACCACGAAAUGUAUUACUAGGGCCCAUUAUUCGAGAAUAUUUAUUAAAAAACAGAAUUAUAGAAGCGGUGCAAGAGUUCAAAUAUAUAGCGGAAAACUUCAAAAAAACCCCUCUCCAAUUAGAACUUAUGUCUAAUUUAAUAAAAAUUGGAAACAGUAAAGAAGAAUCCGAGUCAUUAAACAUUUCACAAGAAAAAGCGAAAUCCCUUUUACAGGACGUAGUUACCAGCACAAGCAAAAUUCAUGGCUCCAUUAAUUGCAAUGGCACUUUAUUAUUAGCUGUUUGUGAAUCUGGAAAUGAGAAUCAAUUAAGGAAGUUGUUAAUUGAUCCAGAGUUUCAAUUUAAUGCUGAAUUAUUAUCCAAAAAUAUUGAGCACUUAAAUGCGAAUGGGCGAAUUGAAAACAUUUUAAAAUUAGCAAAAGCAAGUCGAGGAGUAAGGCACAACCUAAGUGAACAACAGUUAUAUAAAAUGCUUUUGAAUGAAUUUGUAAAGAAUAACAAUUAUGAAAGUGCAAUUAAUCUUUUCAAUAAAUUGGAAUCAGACGAUGAAUUCAAAAUAUCGACAGAUUUUAUGAACACUUUAGUGGAUUUAUUAAAAUUAAAUAAAAUUGAAGUACCAAGCAAUGUAGCCCUAAGGGCUCAGCUUAAAAUUUAAUUAAGCUGGCUUUGAUUCCUAUGAAUAAUUAGAGAAAAGUAAAAAAGAACAGUAAA